AUGGGGCUCCCCAUCCCUGUUCUGCACCCAGAAACCAAAUGGACUAUAGAGAAGAGAAGUUCCCUCUUCACCCAGUAUGGAGGUGCCACACUAUGUCCCUUUUCUGUCCUCAGCAGGGUAGUGACUUUUCUGGACUCUUCUAGAGAAGAACAUGCUAGUGGAUCCCUCUAUGUGAGACGCAUAAGAGAUAUCCUUAACCGGCAACAAUCUGUUGCAGUGCACCACCACCUUCUUCUCCAGCGACAUGAUCAAAUGCAGGGUGAGAAGAAGGCAGAGCUUGGAAAGAGCAAGAGGAUAAAGAUUCAGCAAGUGACAACUGUAGGAGAAGCAGUUGUUGUGAGAUGA